CAGUCUCUGUCGCAGAGGAACAUUCAGUCUUCCACUUCCAGUGUCUCAAAGUGAUCAAAUCCUUACUGUUGGGGUUGGUAUGCCCUAAUUCUUGCGUUCAGAACAAUGCGAAUCCUUCACCUUCUUCCCAAUCCAUUCAUCUUCAAUCCCUUCCAUUCCAAAGCCUUCCCAAUCCGCAACCCUAAAUCCUUCCCCAAAUCCCUCUCUUCCACCCCCGUUAAAUCCGUCCUUCAAUGGAAUCGGAAGCCGGAGCUCGCCGGUGACACUCCCCGCGUCGUCGUCAUCACCUCUGGUAAAGGCGGCGUUGGCAAGACCACAACCACUGCCAAUGUCGGCAUUUCCCUGGCCCGUCUUGGCUUCUCUGUUGUGGCCAUUGAUGCGGACGUUGGCCUCCGGAAUCUCGACCUUCUCUUAGGGCUUGAGAAUCGUGUCAAUUACACGGUUGUUGAGGUUCUCAAUGGGGAUUGCCGGUUGGAUCAGGCUUUGGUGAGGGAUAAACGAUGGUCGAAUUUUGAAUUGCUUUGUAUUUCGAAGCCUAGGUCGAAAUUACCGAUUGGUUUUGGUGGGAAAGCAUUGGUUUGGCUUGUGGAUGCGCUAAAAGCUAGACAAGAAGGUUGUCCGGAUUUCAUCAUUAUCGACUGUCCGGCUGGAAUUGACGCCGGAUUCAUUACCGCCAUUACACCUGCUAAUGAGGCGAUUCUUGUAACGACGCCGGAUAUUACGAGCUUGAGAGACGCCGAUAGGGUGACGGGAUUGCUUGAAUGUGAUGGAAUUCGAGAUAUUAAGAUGAUGGUGAAUCGGGUUCGGACUGAUAUGAUCAAGGGGGAGGAUAUGAUGUCUGUGCUAGACGUACAAGAGAUGUUGGGGUUGGCUUUAUUGGGUGCAAUCCCUGAGGAUUCAGAGGUAAUUCGUAGCACAAACAGAGGGUACCCUCUGGUGUUGAACAAGCCACCCACAUUGGCGGGUUUGGCCUUUGAGCAGGCAGCUUGGAGGCUUGUUGAACAUGACAGUAUGACGGCUGUGAUGGUCGAAGAGGAGCCGAAGAAACGAGGUUUUUUCUCGUUCUUCGGUGUCUAAGAGAUCAAAUUCUCUGAGACAAAGGUUGUGUAGAUCUUAAGGGGCCAUGUAUAAAGUGGAGUAGGAAGAAUUUUGGUAGUGUUAGAAGAGCAGCCGGACCUGCUACUACUUGUUCAACAGGAGAUGCCACGGAGAGAUUGGAAUCCUGGUGUUAUGAAACUGUUUGAAAUUGUCAUCUCUUUCCACAGAGUUCACAGGAAACCCAAUAAGUAAUAACGAUCUAUACUCCUGAAUUUCACUUAAACCAUAGUCAGGUAACUUUAUUAGAUCGGUAAUGUCGAGUAAAUGAUGGAUGAAUGUUGUUUGUGAGAUUUAUGGUUAGAUGCAGGUAUCUUAUGAGUGAACAAGACUGUUUUUGUUGGUGCUGCUAGAU